AUGAAGAAACGAAACACCGCGCUGCAACGAUUCAUUGCCACGCAACUUCGCCGACCCCUAGACAAAGUAAAAACGAUGACAACUCGAUCAAUUGUCAACGCUGUGAAGAAUGAUACGUUCUUUGGCUGUAUCGAGAGUGAUAUCCACGUACCUGAGAGUUUGCGAGAAUACUUCAAAGAGAUGUGUCCAAUAUUUAAAAACACAGAAAUACGUCGAGAGGACAUUGGUGAGUUCAUGAAGAGCUAUGCCGAAGAAAACAACAUCAUGCCCCGACCCCGGCGGAGUCUCAUUGGAAGUUUGAUCGGAAGGAAGAUAAUGUUGGCAACUCCUCUUCUAAAAUGGUAUUUAGAACAUGGUUUAGAGGUACGUUUUAAAUAUUAAAAACUUGUAAAAUUGCAGGAGAAUUUUUCUUUUUAACAAAUUGUAUUAUCGUUUUAGGUAACACACGUCUACCAGAUAGUCGAGUAUACCCCUAAGCCAUGCUUCAAACCUUUCGGUGACGCUGUAUCGGAUGCUCGUCGUGCUGGUGAUGCACACCUCUCCAAAGCCAUCAUCGCGGACACGAUGAAAUUGGUCGGGAAUAGGUGAGUUUUAAAAUCACGCUGUCGUGACGUAUUCAAGAAAUACUCAUUUUUUGUAUUUCUUUGUUGUAACAGCUCAUACGGGAAGACCAUCACCAACAAAGAGCGUCAUCGCAAGGUGAAUUACUGCAACGAUGAUGAGGUCUCUGAAUUAAUCAUCUCACCAUUCUACCGGCAAAUGAACGUGAUCGACGAUGACACCUACGAAGUGGAAAGUGCUAAGAAGAAAAUAAAGUUGGACUUACCACUACAGGUAUGUAUUGCAUGAUCAUUUUGUCAUUAGAAAUAUAAAUUAAUAAAUUAUUCUUAUUUUACAGGUGGGGUUCUUCGUGUACCAGUAUGCGAAACUCCGAAUGUUACAGUUUUACUACGACAUACAUACCUUGACCGUUCCGAUUAUGGGUAUUGCGAGAUGA